GGAGCGGCGCAUAGCCACGGACCGGGGCGACCCCGAGGAAGAAACGCCCGCGGGGACGCGGCCGUGGGCCCUGGAGGAGCCGGCCUUCUGGGCCUCGCAGCCUCUGGGGAGCCCGGAGGAGGAAGGCAGUGGCAAUGAGGAGGCAGCCAGCAGUGGCCUGGACAACAGCCUGACCAACAUCCAGUGGCUGGGGAAGAUGACCUCAAAUGGACUAGGCUCCUGUGGCCUGAAAAGGGACACGGAGAAGGAGAACCAGACCCCGAAGCAGAAAACCCUUAAGUCUGAGGGAAGCCCCCCAGUGGCCACCGCCUCUUCCACUUUGUGGCACGAAUCUUUCCCUGAGCGGCCUCCCUACUCUUACAUGGCCAUGAUCCAGUUUGCCAUCAACAGCACUGAGAAGAAGCGCAUGAUGCUGAAAGACAUCUAUGCCUGGAUUGAGGAUCACUUCCCCUACUUCAAGCAUGUGGCCAAGCCAGGCUGGAAGAACUCUGUACGUCACAAUCUUUCUCUUCAUGACAUGUUUGUUCGGGAGACGUCUGCCAACGGGAAAAUUGCAUUCUGGACCAUCCACCCUGAAGCAAACCGCUACCUGACGCUGGACCAGGUGUUCAAGCAGCAGAAGCGUCCUACUCUGGAUCUGCGGAAGAACGUGAAAGGUGGCAAAGCGGAGCCCCAGGCCUCCCGGCCGAGGGUGAAGCCCUUGCUGCCACGGGUCAGUUCCCACCUGGUCCCGGCCCUGUUUCCAAUGAGUGAGCCGCUUCGCCUUCAGACGCCUUCGAAGCUGCCUCUGCCUGUGGCCUCGGGGGCCAUGCAGAUCAACCGAGGGGAGCGCCCUGCUCCAAAGAUCCUGCGCUCCAGCGAAGAACCAGCGCUGUUGCCUCCUGCACGUUCCAUAAAGGAGGAGAGCUACUGCGGCGAAGGGUCCUCUUCAUUGGGCCCCUCUCAGCCUCUCGAGGAAGGCCCCUGUACGGACAGCGGAGAACCGUCAGCCGGAGUCCUGAGGGACGGUUUCCGCUCCUGGGAGUGGGCCUCCAGCUUCCUCCCUGCGUGGCCUGUAAAGGAGGAACCAGCACAAGGCGGCAGAGAGCAGAGCCUCUGUGUCUGGGCAGCCCCUGUGAAAGCGAAGGGACAGGCUGCCGGUCUCAGACCAGCCCCCCAAAGCACGCCAGCCGUAAAGAGGCAAGCGCCGGGCAGAUCCAGAAGGAAGCAGCACUUAGCCCUCUCCUCCUUGGAAGAACCGGUCCUCCUCCUGCCCCUCGGUGGUGGCUCACCUUCCUUCCUGAUGGGACACAGCCUUCCCUCCGCUCAGGGGGGCCCUCUGGGAAGCGUGCCCCACCCCACCUGUGCUCCGGGAGAGGAGGGCCGUUUUGAGACUCCAGUGCAGGGGGUGUCCUGCCAGCUGCCAACUGCUUCCACCCCGAAUAAGACACCCAUGACCACCUCCACACCCCUGCCAGCCCCUGACCGGUGGAGAUCGGCCCCUUUGGUCAAGGAGAGAAGCGAGGUGGAUUUCAGCUCUCUGAGACCUUCUCCACUGCCAUUCCUGGCCUUCCAGGACGGUUUAGAUCUCCUGGGGUUUCAUGAGGCUCCACUAAGACCACCCCUGUGUGAUUCUCCCCAGCGCCCACUCCUGAGUGCAGAAGCUGGUGAAAUAGUCCCUGGGCUCCUGACCAGUUCCCCCACACCCAGCACGGUGGCCUCUGAGCUCCCGGGAGACAACUCCCUUCUGGAAGGCCUUGCCUUGGAUACCCUGCCUGAUAAUUGGAGCAAAAUCGCUCUGGACGUCAGUUUCCCAGACACCCAGAAUGACGACCUGGAGACCAGCCUGAGCUGGUCACCGUUCCUUCCUCAGCUGAAGUGA